AUGUCUGCACCCUACGACGGCCCGUGGACUGCACGCAACGUCCGCCAGGCUUUCUUUGACUUCUUCACCUCCAAAGACCAUACCUUUGUCCCGUCCUCCUCUACCAUCCCCUACGAUGAUCCGACUCUCCUCUUCGCAAACGCUGGCAUGAACCAGUAUAAAUCCAUAUUCCUUGGCACUGUCGAUCCCAACUCAGAACGAGGCAAGCUUAGACGCGCAUUUAACAGCCAAAAAUGUAUCAGAGCAGGCGGAAAGCACAACGACCUCGAGGACGUCGGCAAAGACUCGUACCACCACACUUUCUUUGAGAUGCUGGGUAACUGGUCGUUCGGAGACUAUUUCAAGAAAGAAGCUAUCACUUACUCCUGGGAAGCUCUGACCAAGGUCUACGGCCUUCCUAAAGAGCGCCUCUAUGUAACCUACUAUGCCGGUGACCCCAAGGCUGGAAUACCGGCAGACGAGGAUGCCAAGCGGUAUUGGCUUGAGCAAGGCGUUGAUCCAAGCCAUGUUCUACCCUCGACGGGUAACUUCUGGGAGAUGGGCGCUACCGGCCCAUGCGGGCCUUGCAGCGAAAUCCACUUUGACCGUAUCGGAGGACGCGACGUCGCCCACCUAGUCGAUGGCGACGACCCGACUGUCAUCGAAAUCUGGAAUAACGUGUUCAUCCAAUUCAACCGCGAAGAAGACGGCUCGCUUCGCUCACUUCCGUCCAAACACAUCGACACGGGCAUGGGCUUCGAGCGUCUCGUCUCCAUCCUGCAAGACAAGAGGUCGAAUUACGAUACCGACGUGUUCACCCCGCUUUUCGACAAGAUCCAGGAGCUCACGGGCGCGCGUCCAUAUGCUGGCAAGUUCGGCGACGAGGACGCAGACGGCGUUGAUACCGCUUACCGCGUCGUUGCUGAUCACGUCCGGACACUCGCGUUUGCUCUGAGUGACGGUGGCGUGCCGAACAACGUCGGUCGCGGCUACGUCCUUCGUCGCGUCCUUCGCCGAGGUUCGCGAUUCGUCCGCAAAAAGCUGAAUGCGCCGAUUGGAUCUUUCUUCUCAUCCCUUCUCCCCGUUGUGGUGGAGACGAUGGGUGAUGCAUUCCCUGAGCUUACGAAGAAGCAAGACGAGAUCAAGGAGAUUCUUGAUGAAGAGGAGGAGUCCUUCUCCCGCACGCUGGACCGUGGCGAGAAGCUCUUCGAACAAUACGCCACUAAAGCCAAGGAGCAGGGUCUCAAAGAACUUCAUGGUGGUGACAUCUGGCGCUUGUACGAUACCUACGGCUUCCCGGUGGACUUAACGCGGCUUAUGGCGGAGGAGCACGGCUUGUCAAUCAACGAGAAGCAGUUUGAGGAGGCGCAGGAGGCAUCGAAAGAGGCGAGCAAGGGCUCUUUCAAGAAGGACAAGGGCGCUGCCGUCAAGCUCGAUGUCCACGACCUUGCUGCAUUGGACGCUAACGACGCCAUCCCGAAAACCAACGACUCCUUCAAAUUCCAACUUGGUAAUAUCAAUGCUAUCGUCAAGGGUAUCUACCACGACAAACAGUUCCUCUCUUCUACAUCCAACAUCCCUGAAGGCGCCACGUUCGGUGUCCUCCUCGAUCGAACAAGUUUCUACGCGGAGGCUGGUGGUCAGGAAAACGAUACGGGCAACAUCGUGAUCGACGGUGUCGCCGACUUCGAGGUCACGAAUGUGCAGUCGUAUAGCGGAUACGUACUACACACCGGACACCUGAAGUAUGGCCAACUGAAUGCCGGAGACGACGUCAUCUCCUCGUAUGAUGAGCUGCGUAGAUGGCCACUGAGAAGCAACCACACCGCCACGCACAUCCUCAACUACGCCCUCCGGGAAGUGCUCGGCGACCACAUCGACCAGAAGGGCUCGCUCGUCGCGCCGACGAAGCUCCGUUUCGAUUUCUCGCAUAAAGCCCAGAUCGGCCUGAAGGAGCUGCAGCAGAUCGAGACGAUCAGCAUCGACUGGAUCAAGAAGAACGUCAAGGUGUACACCAAGGACCUCACGCUCGAGGAGGCGUACAAGAUCCCUGGCGUCCGCGCUGUCUUUGGGGAGGCGUAUCCCGAUCCCGUCCGUGUGGUCGUGCUUGGAUACGAUGUCGACGAGAUUGCCAGGAAUGUGGAGAACCCGCAGUGGCGGAAGACCAGUAUCGAAUUCUGUGGUGGGACCCAUGUGGCGAAGACGGGCGACAUCAAGGAGUUUGUGAUCAUUGAGGAGUCGGGCAUUGCUAAGGGUAUACGGCGUAUCAUCGCUGUCACUGGUCAGGAGGCGCAGGAAGCUUCGCGCAUUGCCAGCUCGCUCAAGACGCGCCUUGAUGAGCUUGAGCGGUCGAGUGGAAAGGAGAAGGACGCUGGCCUCAAGGCACUCACUGUGGAACUUGGUCAAGCAGAUAUCUCUGUUCUGCUCAAGGCAGAGUUGAAGGACCGCCUCGCUUCCGUGCGGAAAGCUCUUGACAAGCAGAUUAAGGAGAAGGAGACCGCUCUGAACAAAGAGGCUCUGAAUGCGCUGGCCAAGCACUUCGAAGAGAACCCCAACUCUGAGGGUUACUUCGCUGCUAUCGAGGUCGACGGCAAUGCAAAGAUCCUCCAAAACAUUGUCAUGCAGGCCAAGAAGCUGAACAAACCCGCCUACGUCUUCAGCGUAGACCCGGAACGCACCAAGGUUGCACAUGCCAACUUCGUUCCGGAAGGCGCACGGUCGAAGGGCUUCACUGCGAAGGGGUGGGCAUCGAAGAUCGGCGAGGUUAUCGGUGGAAAGGCUGGCGGCAAGGACGAGAGCGCUCAGGGUGUCGGCGCGAACGUUGACAAGGUUGCGGAGGCUGUAGUCCUCGCGAAGGAAGUUUUCAUCAGCAGCAGCACAUAAAGGGUGGUACGAUAUGAUUGGGUUUAGGAACUACUUAGAUAUGAUAAUACGAUGU